UCUACAUCUUGUUCCAUCUAAUUCGCAUGAGAAUAAUAAGAUUUCUACAAAAUCUCAACUAGUUUCGAUGUUUACAGGAAUAGCCUUUUUUAAAAAGCUUUAUAAAGGUUCCAUAAACCCAUACAUGUAGGUCAGGCUGUUGAAGGUGGUAUAAGAAUCAUGAAAGAAGGUCAAGUGAUGCUCGUUGCUAUCGUUCUACUGGUAAUAUUAUAUAAAUCCACGGCUUGGAAUCAAUAUGAAUACUCGCGACAACUGCGAGAACACGUACAAGAAAGAUGGCAGUAUCAACUAGAACAUGAACGAGAACAACACGAACAGCAACAAGAAACUAUUGAAGAGAACCAUGAGAACUAUCUUAAACACAUCGCAGAGGGCAACAAAAAGAUUCAAGAAGGAGAUGAASAUUUCCACGAGACAUUUGAGUCAAAUCGCGAGAAGGGGACGAUUGGCAAGUCAUUUAGCUCWAAGCGUACGACUGUUGAUGGAGACAGUAUUGUCGUCAACAAAAGUCUUGCAAAUAGUUUUUUAUUGUCUCGCUACUAAUGAAAAGAUCAUUGCUAGUCGUAACGCCUGGUUUGCAAGUACCUAUGAAGAUCUUGACCACGCCUGCCUUGAAUCUCGAAGCACAUGAUUGCCAGUGGGACUACAAAACAASAGCUAUAGGGCAAUGGAUCCAGGACGCUACAAAGGAGGUGGCUUACUCAGAAAUGAAUACCAAAUGGAUCCUGGAUCCGUYCUUGUAAGGAGMAGACCUAUCCAGAGCGAGAGGGACAUUUUUUAAUAACCUCGUYACUGUCAAAUACAUUUAAGCGUGUUGACAACKUUGUCAUACUUCACAAAAAGGCAAAAAUUGAAAGCAACAAAAUAGUUCACCACUCGUCUUCUCAUCCAUCAAAUCAGUUUAAUUAGACCAACGCUUCGAUAGWAAAAUAGAUUUACAGUUUAAUAUCUUUUGGUUGACAUGUCUGACAUGAUUUAUUGCUCUUUUUAUUAAAACUAAUUCUUGCAUAUUCUGAGAUAUCAACUGAAUCAUUCAUUA